AUGACAGGCGAGGCUGCCGAGUACGCAGCCCAGGCAAUUGCGCGCGAAGUCGCCCGCCGCUGGACCGCCGCCGAUGAGACCAUCGUUGCCCGGAUCGCCCGCCACCACAUCGACCUCUACCGACAAACGCUCAUCGGGCUGCGACCAAACGGCGCCAUCGCGCACACCGGCGGCGCCCAAGACUGCGGGGCGCACUCUUGUGGAGCGCACACGGGUGCACUGCACACUGGGGGAGCCCAAGAUGGCAAAACCCAAGAAUACGGAGCGCAGGAGAGCGCAGCACACACGUGUGCGACGCCGGAAUACGGCGCGCCAGAGUUCACGACGCCGGAAUUCGCGGCGCCGGAGUACGGCCAAGAGUACGCCCAAGAUUGCGAUGAGCAAGGUAGUCCGUGCGCGCCAGAGGGACAGGAGAAGCAGACGCUGCGCGUGCCGUCGCCGGCUUCCGCCCAAACAACCGCUUCGCACGCGACCUGGUCGGGCACGAGCCGGCAUCGGAGCCACUCGCCGUCGCUCUCAGGGAGUAAUUUGGGCUCGCUGCCGCCGACUUGGAACGACGAACAGGCGCUGCGUGAGAUUUUGCACCAUAUCAGCACCUCACCAGGCGCCAACAGGAAUAGCUCGGGCCUUCUCGCUGAAAGUGCGCUUCUCGCCGACAGUCCACCUCUCCUCAUGUCCCGGAGUCUGGGUGACUCGGAGGUCACUUCAAGCACCCCCGCAGUCAUGCACUGCACACCACACAAACUGACCAAGCGUGAACCAACCGACCACGGCAAGGUCUACGACCAUGGGAAGGCCUACGACAACAGCAGCGCGUACGACAACGGCCACGCAUACGACAACGGCAACGCGUAUGAAAUGACCUAUGACGACCACACAUUCAGCCUGCAGGAACUGCCUCGGGCGGAAAAGUCCGCGUCCAUGUCGCAAGUCAAUGAGAACACUCUGGACCGGAUCAUUCGAGAUCUCACCGUGCCCGAAGGACUGGGCGGCCAGCGCAGUGCGUCCCUGUCUCUACCCAUCCAGUACGACCCGCCGGAGCUACAGCUCUCCGACUGUCUGACGACCGAGACCGCGGACGGCCAUCUGUACGGACAGCGGCUCUCCCUCACGGGUGACGCCGCUGUCUUCGAUCCGUACGUCAAGGGAGAGUACGGCGAUUGCAGUCGUGGCGAUUAUAACCACGAGGACUACGACGAGGACAACGAAGGGCAAGGGCAAUUUGGGGCCCCGAAGCGUGUGGAGGCGAAGCGUGUGGAAACGAAGCGUGUGGAGGCGAAGCGUGUGGAAACGAAGCGUGUGGAAACGAAGCGUGUGGCAACUAAGCGUGUGGACGAGUGUAUGAAUGACCCGCAGACCGAGCAACAUGAGAGUGACGCGCUGAAUUUUACAGCCGAGCCUCUCAAUUUCACUGCUGACUUUUUCCCGAGCAGCGGGAGCAGCAGUUCUCCGACGAGCACCGGAAGCAAAGCGCCGGGCGUUCUGCCAGUGCCGGUGCUGCCUUUCUCCCCGACAGAACAGAACCUGAAGCGCACACCUGCGUACCCUCUAAUUACCGCGAAUGGAGUGCAACUGAUCGCACCCUUAGGCACGCAUCGACGCGGAUCGGAACUCGGCCAUCUGAUUCCUGCCCUCACGCCGGAGCUGCUGGGCCCUGGCUUCGGCCUUCGAAAUACCUACUCACAACUGGGCUCUCAGCCCAUGACCGCUCAGCUCAUGACCACUCAGCCCAUAGCCCCUAAGACCAUGGCUGCUAGGCCCUCGGCCACCAGGGGAGCCCAAGGAAUGGGGACCCAGGGAAUGGGUACCCAAGGAAUGGGUACCCAGGGAAUGGGGAUUCAGGGAAUGGGGAUUCAGGGAAUGGGGAUUCAGGGAAUGGGGAUUCAGGGAAUGGGGACUCAGGGAAUGGGGACCCAAGGAAUGGGGACUCAGGGGAUGGGAACUCAGGUAAUGGGGGCUCAGCCCGUGGCCGCUGUGGGGGCCCAGGCGCUGGCCGGGUUGCCUUCGGCCCUGAACAUGAUGGUAAUGACCGGACCGCUCGGAAAUGAGGACCGAUCGACGGCCCGUCAGGUCUGGGAGGAUGACCACGUCCGCAUGGUGUUUGUGAGCUGGAUCCCGCGUCAACUGCGGGCCACCCAAGGCGAGAAGCGGAAGGCAGAAGUGAGUCUAAAGCGCCUACUGCGAACUGAGCUGGGUGUAUCCGGCAUGUCCAAGGUCCUCUUGUUUCCACCGAAAGGAACCCACUGCAAACUACUAUUCGACUCUUGUAAUUAUAUGAGGGAGGUCAAGGAGGAGAAGCCGGGACGGCGGUCGGGGGAUGAGGAGGUGUUGAUUGGGGCGGCGGAAAGUUCACUGACGGCGGGUGCUGAUGCGGAAGAGUGGGAGGACAUUGAGGACCCUGUUGUAGCGGCGACGAAGAAGCGCUUAGGGCAGUGGCACACCACAUAUAGAGACGUGAAUUCGCUCUUCCGGAGGAGGCGAGAGCCGCGCGGUGGGCGGCUGGUCAAGGCGCCUUCGCUGCCUGAUGACUAUCGUUCUUUUGUGCGUGGAGAUAUGUACGUCGGCGACUUCAUCAACUUCCAGGGAAUUCCGCUCGCGACCAAUGAUACGGACCGCUUUCAGGGUCUGACGUUGGAAGCAGACGACCGUGUCCUCUACUUCCAGGUUGAUGACGCUGAUCCCGGUCUCAGUAACAAAGCCAUUUUCGAGACUUGGCUGGCCCAACUAGGGAGCCAAAAAGCACUCCCUGAAACCCUCUACUUCCCAACACCCGCUGGCACCCCGGCCGACUCGACCACAUCCACGAUAAAGCAAGAAGACGACGACGCCGCCCCCCAGGUCGCCGACCCCGGAGCGACACGGGACUCAAAGAACAGUCGAAAGAAUCGUCGGACUGUCGACGAGGAUCGCACAGAUAGCCUUUCGUCGUACUCUUGCGACUAUUUUAAACCGCUCGGUGAUGAAUGGUCAUUCACUAAUAACGGCCGCCUUUGCGAGCACAUCGGUGGUGAUAAAUUCCUGGGUCGGGUCUGGGUCAGUUACCACGAUGAUCCGAACUAUCGUUACAAGAUGCCUCGUGUGAGGGCCAAGGUGGAGGGUCGUGGCAAUGGCGUGAAGACAAAUAUUAUGAACAUGGGGGAGAUUGCACGCGCCCUGAAACGUGCUCCGGAGUAUCCGACGAAGUUCUGUGGUUGUGAGCUGGGUGCGUCGAGUAAGUUUGAAAUGGCUGAGGGUAAAGCGAUUGUGAAUGGCAUUCAUUCGGAGGCGGACGUGCAGACAGUAAUUGACAAGUUUAUCGAGAGGUUCGUGCUGUGCCCGAAGUGUAAGCUUCCCGAGGUGGAUCUGCUGGUCCUGAAGGGCCGCGUCCAGGGCAAGUGCAACGCCUGUGGUCAUUCCGGUGACAUGGACAACGGUCACAAGGUAGCCACUUUUAUCGUCAAAAAUCCGCCCUCUGGUGGCGAUUCGACCAUGGGCAAGAAGGGUAAGAAGGAGGAGCGCCGUAAGACCAAGACUGCCGACGGCGCCGCUGACGUGGAAGACGAGGCGAAGAAAGUGAAAAAGGACAAAAAAGAAAAGAGCAAAAGCGAGAAGAAGAAGCACAAGCACCACCACCGACAUCACCACAGAGCCCAACAAACCCUGUCCUACUCCGCGGAUGAGGUCCAAGACAUCGUUAAACGAUUGCAGUAUUUUCUCAGUAAGGGCGAACGCCCCCUACCGAAGGACUUCUUCCAGGAGGUCCGGCUUCUCCAGGUCGCCCAGGACUUCUCCGGCGCCCUACGCGUCUACAUCACCUUGGCUGCCCUGUUCCCUUCUUCUGCUGAAAAGCCGAAGGACCUGACUGCUGACGGCACGAUUGCCGAAGAUGCGAAGACUGCGGCGGAGGACAUCAUUGCUCCGUUGCCACUAAACCCCGAGACCUUGAAGCAACAGGCUAACUACCUACGCGCCAUUUGCGAUCGGUCAAUUGAUGGCGACAUUACCUUAGAGGCAUUGGAGCAGUUCGUGGCUAGGAAGCAACCCCAGGCUUGGGAACAGUUCGGCCUGAUACUUCACACCCUAUAUAACUGCGACAUCUUGGAAGAAGACGUUGUCGUGGGCCGGUAUUCUGUCAGAGUUGACCCCGAGGAAAUAACGAAGCCAGAAGCGAAACGGGCGGAGGCGGCCGAACAAGUAGAGACCAAACCAAUUGAAGUCAAGCAAGAUGCGGUUGUAGACGGGACUGCUGAGGAGGCGUCCGGGGCUGGAGAGGGCACCGCCAGGUCCUCUGGAGAAAGUGCAGAGUCGGUAGACGGCGCCACCAAGUCGGAUGACAAGACCACAGACACGAAGCAGAAGUCCAAACGCCGAUCAUCAGCUACGGACAGCAAAGCCGCUGACGAAGAAAAGAAACUCGAACGACGCCAGGUGCUGGAGGCCAGGGAACGGGCUCGUGUGGCCGCAGCCGCCUUCGUGCAAUGGCUCAAGGAGGCCGAAUCCGCGUCCGAUGACGAAGAUGACGACCGUGCAGCAGACGCCAAGAGAGUCUCAGACGACGAUGACGACGAUGACGACGACGACUCCGACUCCGAAGAGGAGAUCGACGAGGCCGCGCAGAAGUAA